AUGUCUCUACCCAAGCAGAGGAAAGUCAGGACUUUUGCUCUGCUGUUUUGCGUCCUUUCGUUCACAACAUUCCUGUUCAGUUACACUUUCCGGGAGCCUUCGGUCUACUUCUUCAAGUACGCUUUCCGCCUAUCGGACAACUUUUUCUCCAAAGGGCUAUGCGCCUGCCAACAGUGCAUGACGGAGUUGGAGGACGACCCCUGGUUUGCUGAGCGCUUCAAUCAGUCCGUCCACCCCCUGAUGACGAGAGAGAGCAGCGUCCUCUCUGAUGAAACCUUUAAAUGGUGGCAGUGGUUGCAGUCGGACAGGCAUCCGGCCAACUUCACUGAAGUGGUGGAGGAGCUAUUCCAAGUCAUCCCUGAUGAGGUGCUCUACAUGGACGCCAGCCCGGAGCGCUGCAGGACAUGCGCCGUGGUGGGGAACUCUGGGAACCUGAAGGGGGCCCAGUACGGCGGCCUCAUCGACUCCAGUGAUUUCAUCAUAAGAAUGAACCAGGCGCCCACCACUGGUUUUGAGGAGGAUGUGGGUGCCAGAACAACACAUCAUUUCAUGUAUCCAGAAAGUGCCAUCGACCUCGACAACACCACCAGUCUGGUCCUGAUCCCUUUCAAGACUCUGGACCUGCAGUGGCUCAUUAGCGCUCUGACCACGGGGACCAUUAAACGAACAUAUACAACUGUUAUGUCCAGGAUAAAGGCAAACAAAAAUAAGGUGUUGAUUUACAGUCCAACAUUUUUCAAAUACGUCUAUGAGUCUUGGCUUGAAGGUCAUGGACGAUAUCCUUCCACCGGCUUCCUCAGCUUACUGUUUGCUCUCCACAUAUGUGACGAGGUCAGUGUGUUUGGAUAUGGUGCAGACCAGUACGGAAACUGGCACCACUACUGGGAGGAGAACCAUUUGGCCGGAGCUUUCCGACACACGGGAGUUCACAACGGAGAUUAUGAAUAUAAUGUCACCCUGAUGCUGGCAGACAAGCACAAAAUCCGAAUGUUUAGAGGUAGAUGAUACUAAACCAACACGUGCAGCAAGACGACCGCCAAACGAACCUCAACGGCCUUUCGGUGUUAUCAACGAGACAAAACUAACACUGCCAUGUGUUUGUUUAACCCCUCCUGAAAUGUGAGAACAGCUUGGAUAAGCCGCUCUUUUUCCAUCACGCAGAUUUCCUGUGAAUUUUAUCUCUCAACAUGAUAGUCAACAUGUUUUUUCAAAGCCACUUAAUCAUCACAUCAAUGUGUGCCAAAAUAUCUUUGUGAUGACAAAGUACCUGUGACACUAUUGACAUUGCCAUCAGCUGUUAGAUGUAUUUGCAUUUUGUGGUAUUGAGCUAUUCUUUGCACGUAAUCUUGUGGUCUAUUUGAGCAUAUUUGCUUUAGUUUAAAUUCCAAGACAUUUACAUUUUAAAAUAAACAGUACAUCCAGGGCAGUAAGUGCGUGUGGGUAUUAUAAUGCUGUUGUUUGCAUUGAGCUAAAAGCACCACUGUGCCUCACACAACUACUAGCACGGUUGCAGACUCUUGGGCUGCAGUUGAAUAGUCCCACAAAUUAUGUCUAAUGUCAUUUCCCAACCACUUUCCUAACCUCGUGACAUUCAACAGGUGAUCUGACUGCACUUACACAAGGCAAGGCAACUAUGCAACAGCAAAUGUUAAUCAUGUGUGUCUGGAGAUAAGAAAGGAGACAUUGACGCACAUCUCCUUUAGAGGAUUGGACUACAACUUAUCACGCCUGCCAUUUAGUUCCAGGUCAUUUCACUCAGUUAGGGAGAUUCUAAAGCAGGCGUGGUAUUGUUUUAAAAAGUAGAAUUUAAUCUUAUCUCAGUACGGCUCUUUGUACCCGUGAGAUGGUAGCUUUCAGUUUUACUGCAGCAGAACACAGUGUAGCUGUGUCAAAGGACACAUUAUUCACUUUUUAACUUAUUACAAAGUGAGUCAGUGAGGAGAAAAUAUUGUUUUGGGGCUGAUUGUUUGACUGUCCACUGGCCCUGGAUCGUUUGAGGUGUCAAAUUGUAGACGUUUAUCAUUAAUAAUGGAGAUCUGACAUAUAUUACAGCCUAUACAGGUGUGCCUUAUCACUAAAAUCAAUGAUAUAUUGUACUUCUGAUGUACAUUGUGACAUAUAUUAUUAAUAAAAAAAAAAGUAGAUGUUAAGUGCCUUUAAUGGGAUUUUUUUAAGACUUGAAUUAUACCAUCAAAUUGUAUUAUUUUGCAAUCAUUAUCAUUUGUCAGCAACGUUAUUUGCUGCAUUUGCUGAACUUGUAGAUCUCUGAAUCCUUUAAUCCUUGAGGUUAUCAUUUCCACCAGCACAUCUCUGAUCUGAAACGUUGUUACUUCAGAUUCGUCAGGAAUUGAGCUUGAUGGUGUUUAUGUGUAAUAGGCUAUAAUUUGCUCCACGUGCCUUGAAACAUAACAGGAGAUUAUGCCGGCGUGUGUCUUCAUGGUCUUUCUUUUCCUCUCCAUGUGAGAGCAGGUUGAUAAGACGAGAAACCACAAUAUUUGUUCAAUUCAAAUUUGUCAAGUAGACAGCAGUGUUCUCCAUCUUUCCUCUAACAAGGGACACUGUCACCUAGUGGACAAGAACAUGUAUCAGCAUCAACGUCACUUCAUUUGUCCAUUUUGAGUUGUUGAAUCGAUUUAUAAAACCCAUUAAAGCAGCACCUUCAGAAAAAAAGCAUAUUAGUUUUUUUUUCUCUCCCAGUUUCAGGUCAUUGAUACCGACUUGUG